GCUAAUGAAGAAUACCAAAUAUUGGCUAACUCCUGGCGUUAUUCAUCUGCUUUUUGUAACAAACUGUUUUUCAGUAUGGUGGACUAUGAUGAAGGAACAGAUGUUUUUCAACAGCUCAACAUGAACUCUGCUCCUACAUUUAUGCAUUUUCCUCCAAAAGGCAGACCCAAGAGAGCUGAUACUUUUGACCUUCAAAGAAUUGGAUUUGCAGCUGAACAGCUAGCAAAGUGGAUUGCUGACAGAACAGACGUUCAUAUUCGUGUUUUCAGACCACCGAACUACUCUGGUACCAUUGCUUUGGCCCUGUUAGUGUCACUUGUUGGUGGUUUGCUCUAUUUAAGAAGGAACAACUUGGAGUUCAUCUAUAAUAAAACUGGUUGGGCCAUGGUAUCUUUGUGUAUAGUCUUUGCUAUGACAUCUGGCCAAAUGUGGAAUCAUAUUCGUGGACCUCCAUAUGCUCAUAAGAACCCACACAAUGGACAAGUGAGCUACAUUCAUGGGAGCAGCCAGGCUCAAUUCGUGGCGGAGUCACACAUUAUUCUGGUACUGAAUGCUGCUAUCACCAUGGGAAUGGUUCUUCUAAAUGAAGCAGCAACUUCCAAAGGAGAUGUUGGAAAAAGACGGAUAAUUUGCCUAGUGGGAUUAGGCCUGGUGGUCUUCUUCUUCAGUUUUCUACUUUCAAUAUUUCGUUCCAAGUACCACGGCUAUCCUUAUAGCUUUUUAAUUAAAUGAAGCCAAGUGGGAGUUGCAUAAAGUGAAUGUUUACCACGAAGAUAAACUGUUCCUGACAUUAAAAUAUUUGUACUUCUUGAGUUCAUUUCUUUGUCAAUUGUGAUAAGCUAGCUUAUUCUUGUAUACUUUUUUAAAACUGUGGGUUUUCCUAGUAAAUUUAAUUUAUAGAAUUAGAUGGUAGCAUUUAGUAAUCUACAAGAGAAACAGUGUUUUUCAAGCAUAUUCAGUGUAUUCCACAGGAUUGAAAUAAGUGACAAUGUAACUAU